UGCUUCUCUCUCAUACACAAUACAGGUCCAUGAUUCACUUACACCAAGAAUUUUCAUUUUAUAUAAUUCAAUUCAGCAGCCAUUGAAAUAAACUCAAAGAUUUCCUUAAGUUAUAGUUGGAUUCAAAUCGUAAUCGAAUUUUACAAUUAUUGAAUCAGUCCACUGAAACUAUGUCUAAUUCUACCUUAAGGGUCGCAUUACUCAUCGUCUCUACGACAGCGGCUAGGGACCCAUCAACAGAUGCUUCUCAGGCAGUCCUAAGCAGCGUCCUUGAAGAGGAAGGGGAUGGGCGUUGGGAGCUCGUUGAUACUAAGAUUGUUCCUGAUGUUGCCACUCAGAUUCAACAACAACUUAUGCUAUGGACAGAUGUGGCCGCCGAAACUUUUAAUCUCAUACUUACUACUGGCGGAACGGGCUUUGCGGUGGCAGACAAUACACCAGAGGCUGUUUCGGCCCUGAUUCAUAAACCCGCGCCUGGACUUGUUCAUGGCAUGUUGGCGGCUUCUUUAAACGUCACUCCGUUCGCCAUGAUGUCUCGUCCGGUUGCAGGUGUCAGGAACCGAUCAAUCAUCAUAACCCUUCCGGGAUCUCCAAAAGGAGCCCGAGAAAAUUUACAGGCAGUUUUAAAGACACUACCGCACGCAUGUCUCCAGGCUGCGGGAAUGGAUUCUAGAUCAUUACAUGUAGGUGGGAUCAAGAAGCUUGAGGCAGAAGCCGGCAUAAAAUCCAGUGGAGGCCAUUCACAUUCCCACGAUCAUCAUCGUCAUGACCACGGGAAUAACCAUCCGCCUAGCCAUAGUCAUGGACACGAGCAUAGCCACGGUCAUGGUCAUUUAGUUAGGCAUACGGCGCCUAGCACGAAUCCACUUUCAAACGAUCCCAGCCUUGGCCCUAGCCGUAGGAACAGAGAAUCCCCCUAUCCGAUGCUCUCGGUUGACAAUGCCCUCAGCAAGAUUAAAGACCACACACCAUUGCCAGAAGUCGUCACGUUGAAGGUCGACAGAUCGUUACCUGGCCAUGUAUUAGCCGAAGAUGUGCAAGCGAGGGAAAAUGUCCCUGCUUUCAGAGCGAGUAUCGUCGACGGUUAUGCAGUGGUUGUGCCUAGCGAUGGAAACUUGAAAGGCGUCUUCCCCGUCGUCUCCGUAUCUCAUGCCUCGCCGGGAGAGGUUGAGCCAUUGAAGGAAGGAGAAAUUGCCAGGAUCACUACCGGGGCACCACUUCCUCCAGGGGCCACUUCCGUUAUUAUGGUAGAGGAUACAAUUCUGAAGACCAUGACUGACGAUGGUAAGGAAGAGAAGGAGGUAGAGAUCCUCGCCGAUAACGUACAAGAAGGGGAGAAUAUUCGAGAGGUUGGCAGCGAUAUCAAGACAGGGACAGUUAUCCUCAGCAAGGGCGAGCAGAUCUCGGCAGUUGGUGGAGAAAUAGGCCUCCUUGCUGCUGUCGGGGUUGCCGAAGUGAAGGCUUACCGUAAGCCGGUCAUAGGGGUAUUAUCCACUGGGGACGAAAUCGUCCAGCACGAUCGGCCUGGCGAUUUGCGGCUGGGAGAAGUACGCGAUACCAACCGGAUCACUUUGAUGACUGCGGCGAAGGAGUGUGGGUACGAGGUUGUUGACCUAGGGAUUACAGCAGAUAAACCCGGUACCCUAGAAGAGACACUAAGAGACGCAUUACGGCGCGUUGAUUUCAUCAUUACUACAGGGGGAGUCUCAAUGGGCGAGCUCGACUUGUUGAAGCCAACAAUCGAGAGGUCACUAGGCGGGACAAUCCAUUUUGGCCGCGUCGCAAUGAAACCGGGUAAGCCAACGACGUUUGCUACCGUCCCCGUAAAGGACAACGCUGGCGAGCGAGUCACGAAAGUCAUAUUUUCUCUACCUGGCAACCCGGCCUCUGCCAUCGUCACAUUCCAUCUCUUCGUCCUACCUUCUCUCCACCAGAUGUCGGGUAUCUCACCGGCCGGCUUAACGAGGGUCCCCGUAACACUCGUACACGACUUCGUUUUGGACAAGGCACGGCCCGAGUACCAUCGCGCAAUCGUCUCCGUGGGUAAAGACGGAAAUCUGCUUGCUGCCAGCACGGGCGGCCAACGAAGUUCUAAGGUUGGCAGUCUUAGAGGCGCCAAUUGCUUAUUGUGCAUGCCAAGCGGCAAUGAGCCUCUUAAGAAAGGGUCGAAGGUCGAUGCGCUUCUGAUGGGCGGCAUACGGAGCGAAUUAUAGAUUUUACUCUUUU